ACUGAUAAUAUUUUCUGUCCUACAGUUGUGGAACGAUCCUGAUCUUGGAUGGAUGCAAGAGAAAUCGAGAUAUCCAACAAUUGUUUUGCCAGCUGAUAAAAUCUGGAUUCCUCGGAUAGUUUUGGACAACGCAAUAGAAACGAGCAUGGAGCCGUACACUAACGAUGUGCAGGUGCGGCGAGAUGGCACUGUGCUGCAUUCAGUUGUUUUGUUCACGACGGUGAGCUGUGAAAUCAACCUCUUCAACUACCCCUUUGUGAAGGGCUCGUGCCCUGUGGCCAUCAAUGGAUGGAGCCAGAGAGUUUGCUCGCUCACUCUCCAGAUCACUGAUGAUGUGUCUUUGAUUGGCGGCAGUCGAGGAGAGUGGCAGACUACACACGUGAUCAAAACUGUGGAUUCAUCAAAUCGUGUUUAUCUCCAAGUGGCUCUGUUGAUUAACCCCUUCAGUGCUGUCGUAACCCUGAUCCUGCCCAGUGGACUGGUACUCCUGACUGACCUGGUGAGCUUUGCUCUGCCAUUUGAAGGGGGAGAACGCAACUCUUUUAAGGUCACCCUGGUCCUGAGCUUCACCAUGUUCCUCCUCAUCCUCAGUGAUCACUUGCCUAGCAGUGGCGAGUGUAGCCCCCUCCUACAUUACCACUUCUGCUUCUGUCUGGUGUGUUUGGUCAUGAGCACGCUGGCUUCAAUAGUGCUAACACGUCUGUCUAUAGACGACAGCUUCUUACUGUGCAGACGAUCUGCUAAGGUUCAUCCAUCAAACAGCACCAAAACACAACAUGACAGCCUGGAUCAGGAGACAGAUAAAGGUGUGAUUGCAACCCAGUCUGGUAAUCUGGCUUCAGAGAUGGCCUCGCUCCAGAAAAUAGUGAACUUUUUGGAGAACAUGGAUAAAGGAGAAAAGGAGGCACAGAGUAAAGUGGCAUUUGCUUACCUCCUAGACAAAUUCUGCUUUGGCUUUUUUAUGAUGAUCUACAUAAUUUAUGUCAUAAUUCUUGUUGUUAUCACCCGAACAGACAUUUGUAAUGUUAAUAAUCUGGAUUUCUGGGAUGAGUCUCACCACAAUGAUGACAAAUUUGACUACUCAUACACUGAACUAUAGUCACUUUCACAUUGACAUAACACAUUGUGUCUCUAUCUCAGUAAAAAAAAAUCAAAAUUAUGUCUUCAAACAAAACUAUGAAAUAACUAUAAACUAAUAGUUUGUUAAUGAUUUGUAACUGUGUGUCAAUAAAGAAUGGCGAUAACACUCAUGGAGAGCAACAAUAAUAAAAAAAAAUCCCAUUCAUCUGAGGAAAAUGGCAUCAUGACAAC